AUGUCUUUCGACGAUGCGCCCGGAGCAGACGGCGCCGCGCCUGCUCCUGCGGCCGCGAGCCCCUUCAACUUCCAGACCCAGUAUAUCACCACUUCGCCCGUCAAAUCAAAUAUUGGCCAGCGUCGUGGACAUCGUUACAAACACUCCUCAAUAUCCGCACAACAUCAGAUCUUCCAAGAGCCACCACCUCGACCACCACCUGUCCUGCCUGCCUCGCUCCCCGUGCCGACAAUCAGGGAAGCCUGGUCCAGUAUGCAGAAAGACCAGCGCGCACGCCUAUACUGGUGUCUAUGCCAUGGCCUCGUCGCGACAUACAUCUUCUUCUCUGCAUCCGGCUCGCUAGCUAUGACGGCGCUCUCCCACUUGGUCUUUUUCGAUGUUGGCUCGGCGGCCAUCUGCGUCGCGGUUGAUUUGCUAGGAAACUUCGAGGUGUGGAAGCGGUCGAGCAUUCGGCAUCCGUUUGGGCUGCAACGGGCUGAGGUUCUGGCGGGCUUCGCCAUGAGCGUCUUUCUUGUCUUUGGCGGCUUUGACCUCCUAAGCCACAACCUCAAGCAUAUACUAGAGUCUGUCGGCUCCCACACCCCUCAUCAUCCGCAUGAGCACCCUGGCCACGGCGCCCCUGGACGCACAAUCUCGCCUGGUACGGUCGACAUGGCCAGUCUGGCCGCUGUGCUCAGCACACUCAUGUCAGCGUAUGGGCUGAAGAACCACGCUCGUAUUCGCCGUGUCAUGCGAGUGGCAUAUCCGGCCUAUCUCUCCUCCCUGCUGCCAGAUAUUCUCGCCAAUCCAUUCCACUUCCUCACGCUCUGCUUCAGCUUCCUGAUGCUGCUGCUACCAUUGCUCUCAGUCUCGUACUUCGUCUGGCUGGACCGACUCAUCUGCGCCGCCAUCGCCGUAUCCAUGUUCGUGCUCGGCGUCCGCCUGGCCGUAGCGCAGGGCCUGAUGCUCCUGAUGUCGUACAGCGGGCGGCGCGGCAGCAGCAUCACGUCCACCUCGAGCCUGGAGGACGAGAAGAACGGCACCAGCGUCGCCUCCGUGGUGCGCGAGAUCGAGUCCGAGCCCGCCGUCUCGCGCGUCGACGAGGCCCAGUUCUGGCAGGUGCACUACGGCCUGUGCAUGGCGAACCUGCGCGUGUGCGUCGUCCGCGGCUGCGACGACGGCACGCUGAGCCAGCUGCGCACCCGCGUCAGCCGCGUCAUACAGAACCGUCUGGGGGAGGGCUACGGCAAGGGCGGCGCGCUGCGGUGGGAGGUCACGAUGCAGAUGAGUACCGACCCGAACUGA